GCGCUUCUUCACCCUGUGACAUCCCGCUGUUGUGUGACUGUGAAGACGGACCCGCUCCGCUUCACAGUAGACCAGUUGGGAGUCGGCGGCGACAUCAUGGGUAACUCUACAGGCAGCACGGUGGACGACCUGCAGGCGGUGGAGAUGCACCUCUGGUACAAGAAGUUCAUGACAGAGUGCCCGUCGGGUCAGCUCACCCUGCACGAGUUCAAGCAGUUCUUCGGGUUGCGAGGGCUGGACCCCGAGGCCAACGACUACAUCGAACAAAUGUUCCGCACCUUUGACAUGAAUAAGGAUGGCUACAUUGACUUUAUGGAGUACGUGGCGGCGCUCAGCCUGGUGAUGCGCGGCAAGAUGGAGCACAAGCUGCGCUGGUACUUCAAGCUGUACGACGUGGACGGCAACGGCUGCAUAGACCGAUACGAGCUGCUCAACAUCAUAAAGGCCAUUCGCGCCAUCAACGGCAACGACAACCAGGAAACGACGGCCGAGGACUUCACAAACAGAGUGUUUGACCGGAUCGACAUCAAUGGCGAUGGCGAGCUCUCCCUGGAGGAGUUUGUGGCAGGCGCUCGCACCGACACCGACUUCAUGGAGGUGAUGAUGAAAAGUCUGGACUUGUCCCACAUCGUGGCCAUGAUCCACAGCCGGAGGCACAGCGUUUAGGACUGGGACUGUGAGCGUCUCAAUGGAUGGCAUAGUAAAUAUUCUUAUUAUCUGACCCACGAAGUUAGCCUCAGCCCGUUACACUUCAAACAAAUUCAGGAGAGUUCAAAGGGGAGCACUGACAGGCAUUUACUGCUAUUAUGUUUUAUGUAUAUAUUUGUAAAAUAUUUAAAUAUCCCCCAGGGAUGCAACACGGCACCAUACUUACUUUCACUUUCUUCAUUUGAAGUGCUUGUUUGUACAAUAAAGUUGACAAGUGUCACAUGAUUACUGAUUGGGUGUAAUAUUUCAAAGUGAAAUGGAAAUUACUAUCCAGAACCACGCAAGUCAUGGGAAUUACAGUCCAAGACUAAUAAUAUGCUAAUAAUGGAUGCACCCGUACAAAGACCUGAAAAAAUUAUAUUUCUGAUACUUUAAACCAGGGGUGUUCAAAUCACGGCCCGGAGGCCAUUUGGGGAACGCGGCUGUUUUUUUUAAUUGGCCCACAGUAGCUAAAAAUACUUUAACAUGAAAACUAAAAAAACUAAAAAAAAAAAAAAAAAAAAAAAAAGAAAAGCUUAAAGUCAAAAUAUAAAGAGAAAAAAGUUGUACAAGAAAAAACAUCCCAAUUUCACAAUAUUAUGGUGGAAAAAUGACAUUUUAGUAUCAUAAAGUCAAAAUAUUAAAGAAAUAAAUGUUUUUUUAAAGACGUAAUAUUAUGAGAAACACACAAAACAAAGAAUAAAGUUGCAACUUUUUAAAAAUUUGGUUGGGGAAAAGUUAUAAUAUGGGAAUAAAGUCAAAAUAUUAUGGGAAAAAAGUCAUAACAUUAUGAGAAAAAAACUCCAGAAAUUUUAUGAGAAUAAAGUCAAAAUAUUAAGAAAAAAAAGUUGUAUCCUAAAGAGUAAAAAAGUUGCAAUUUUAUGAGAAUAAACUAGCAACACUAUGAGGAAAAAUAACGUCAUUUUAGUAGCAGAGUUGAAAUAUUAAAGUUGUUUUUUUUUAAAGACCUAAUAUGAGAAACAAAAAACAAAGAUGCAAUUUUUGGAAAUUUAGGUUGGGCAAAAAGUGAUACUAUUACGAUAAUAAAGUCAAAAUAUUAUGGGAAUAAAGUCAAAGUAUGUGAAUACACUAAGUCCCCAAUUUACGAACACAACUGGUUCCAGACGACCGUUCUUAUAUUGAAUUGUUCUUAAGUAGGGGAAAAGGUAGUAUUACCAAUGAUAUAGGUACUACAUGUACGUGUAUACAUAUACAGUAUAUGUGUAUGUAUGUAAAUAUGAGUUUGGAUGCAGUAGUAAUAUUAAACCAGGAUAAUUAAUGAAAAAAACAAUAAUAAAAGUGAUAUAAUAAUACGUAAUGAUAAAUGUUAUUUACCUUUCAAGAGGAGUGGUCGAGCAUACGUCGUUGUGGAGGAGGAGUUAUUGGAAAAAGGACAAAUGGUGUUGGUGGUUAGACUCUUCUAAAAGAGGUAGUGUUCUGUGGGUGGUGUAGAAUUAAGCAGGCCUAUUAACUCUUCAUAAACUUUAAUCACACGCUCUGUCAGGUUGUAUCAUACAACUCUUAGCCUUCAAUCUCUCCUCUUCCUCAUCUUUCUCUACCUGUUGGUCCCAUUAGCAGUGUCACAGUGCCCUCUACUGGUCAAGCAUGUACAGUAGCAGUAUAAAUACUGAUUGAGCGACUACAAGGCAAAAUAAAAUCAAAUAUAGACCAGUUGGCUUGUGUUCGUAUCCGCGAAUGUUCGGAUGUUCGUACGUCGAGGACCUAGUGUAAUGUCAUAAUGACGAAAAGAAAAUUUGCAAGGGGAAAGUUGAAAUAUUUGGGGAAAAAACUCCCAGCAGAAAUGGAAAGAACAGCUGUAAUUUUCCAAGAAUAAAGUCAAAAUACUAAGAGAAAAAAGGUUGCAUUUUAGAAUAAACUUGUAAUAUUAUGGGGGAAAAGCAACAGUUGCAUUUUAAAGCAUCUUAACUUGAUGUUUUUCUGUUACAUUCCCAAGAAGCAUGGGAGGUUGCCAUGAGAAGGAUAAAUUGCUAUGAAAAGGUUUCCCUUCGACUUAAAAAAAAAAAAUAAAUAAAUUAUGAAAAGAGAAACAAGGUUGAUAAUUCACCUGCUCUAGUCAGACACAAAGAAUCAGGCAAAUUCAGUCUGUUCAGUGAUUUAUUACUCAAUGACCACAAGGUGGCAGCAACAUAACUGACUGUCUUUUUCUCUAUUAGUCCAAU